GGCGGGCGGAGGCGCGCCUCCAUUUAAGGAGGCCCGCCGCACGGGCUCCAGGGACCGGCGCCUCAGGAGUGCGGCGGUAGCUGAGUGCUGUCACCAUGUCUUCUUUGCAGGCUGAUUUUGAUAGGAUUGCAGAAGAUGUGAGGAAGCUGAAAACAAGACCAGAUGAUGAAGAACUGAAAGAACUCUAUGGGCUCUACAAACAAUCUGUAGUUGGAGACAUUAAUAUUGAGUGUCCAGGAAUGUUAGAUUUAAAAGGCAAGGCUAAAUGGGAAGCAUGGAACCUCCAAAAAGGGCGGUUGAAGGAAGAUGCCAUGAGUGCCUAUAUUUCUAAAGCAAAAGAGCUGAUAGAAAAAUAUGGAAUUUAAAGUUCAUCUAUGAGAAAGUUUUUCUUUUGAAGCCUUCAUAAUGGUAUCAUUUCUUAACAUCUAAGGAAGAAAUGCACUGUUAACUCUUUUCAUGUCACGAGUAUGUUUGCUGUUAACAUGAAUUGUAAUCCUUAAUUAGAGGUAUGCUGAAACUAUUUAAUGAAAUUUUACUUGCUAAAACCAGGGGAUUUUUAAAAAAAGUAUUGCUCUGGUAGUAUGUCACAAAACAUUAACAAUUUUUUUUUUUUGGCUUAUCUGUUUUUCUACAGUGAGUUAGUAUUAUUGGUAUAUGAUCAAAACAGUUUAUUAAGAACCAAUAACAAGGUUCUGCCUUUGUUACACUAUGUAACUUUGGGAUUCUCACUGGCUUGGGACCUUGGAAAUCAUAAACAUACCUGGUUCCAGUCCAUACUCUGUAAUUUUUUACUAGGUGACCUGAGACAAAUUACUUAACCUUGCUAAGCCUCAACUAUAGAGUAGAGGGGGAAAAUCAAUCUCACAGGGUUGUAAGAAUUGAAUGAUUCUUCAGAUAAUUGAGAAUUGAUAAUUGAGGUAACUCUAAUUAUCCUACCUUCAAUUUAAAGCACACAUUAUAUAAAGCCUAACAAAUAAAUUAAAAUUUUUAAAAAUAAACUUACGAGUCCAUGACUAUUCAAAGAAAGAAAAAAGCCAUCUUUCAAUUAUUUUUCUUUAAAUUUUUACAUUUAAGACAAAAAAAUUAAAUGUAGUAUCUAGUGAUAAUAAAAUGUACAACUACUGUGCCUCUUACAUUCAUUUUUAUCAGAGUGAAAAUGCAGAGUCUGGAAUAUAAUAGUGGCCUAAUCCUCAGUCUUUCUUGCCGCACACAGGUUCCCUGAAAGAAGAUAGUCUUGUUUUAGCACUUCUAAAAUCUGUUUGAGAUUGCAUAGGAUAAAUAUCUCAAAAAACAGUGUACUUCUAUUCCCUGGAUAAGGGUUUGGGUUUGGUAUACUAUGACCAAGGAGGGAUAGAUUGAUUUCAUGUGACUUAAAAAAAAAAAAAAUCUGAAUAGACUAGAUGAAUUUCCAAGGAAUUAUUCUGAGUGAAAAAAAGCCAGUCCCAAAACGUUACACAGGGUAUGAUUCCAUUUACGUAACUUUCUUGAAAUGGGAAAGUUACAGACAUAGAGAACAGAACAGUGACUGCCACAGAGCACAGAAGAGGGAGGUAGGUGUGGCUUGAAAGAGCAGCAGGAGGGAUCCUGUGUGGAUGGAAUGUUCUGUCCCUUGGCUGUAUCACUGUGAACGGCUAGCUUUGUAACAUUACACUGGAGUUUUGCACAUGUUACCAUUUGGGGGAACUGGGUAGUUCUGUAUUAUGUGAAUCUACAGUUAUCUCCAAAUAAAAAGUUUCAUGAAAAACAAA